AUAACAUUACAGCGAAUUCCGCCACUGUUAUUGGAUUGUGCCACCUGCUGUUAAAGCUUUGGAGUCCACUCCGCGGAAGGAAGCAGAGGAUGUGGAUGCGGUGAUACUGGAAUCUUUUGAACGGCAUGCAUUCCCAUACGAAUGAGACGGCUGCGACGUCGACAACGGCGGGCGCGGUCACGAAUGGAGCAGGCGGAUCAGGAGCUGGAGCAGCGGGUGCCCAUGGCAGCACGGAGGGCAAGAUCCGGUGCAUCUUCCUCAGCGAGUUUCAUGCGACGGCGGGCUGCAAGAUAAGCUGCCAGGUUCCUGAUAACUACAUAUCCAAGGAUGUGUUCGAUGCUAUCAAUGUUUACAUCAUACCCAAGCAGCAUCUUCAACGCUGCAUUCUCACCGUCAACGCAAUGGAUGUAAAGAUAGUCGGCUAUCCAGUGGGCAUCCAGGAUCAGCAGAAGUACGCACGGAAUGCCUUCCUGUUUAACCUAUGCUUUGUCUGCGACUCGCGGGCCAGGAGCGUCCAGUACGAGCCGGUCGUCAAGAAGCUGUCCGAGUACCUCAUAAUGAUGGAGGAGGAGUCGUGCUUCCUGUCUCGCGAAGAUGACAAGCGCCGCCUACAGAACAUCUUUGAGACUGUACUACGCGACCUUAACGAGCGGAAGGUGGCCACCAUUGUUGAGGGCGAUAACACUAUAUACCUGAAGAUCGUCAUGCACAAGCCGGACCCGCCGCCGGUCAAGGAUCACAUGGUGCCCCUGCUGCUGGCGAACCUGCGCGAUGCUCCGCUGGACAACUGGGACCUUACCACACAACAGAUCCUGCCUUAUAUAAAUGGAAUCAACCAUGUUGCCCGCAUUGCCGCCGAAGCGGACGUGGAAACGGACCUGGUCAAGUCGUGCAUACAGAAUCUGGUCUACUACGGGGUCGUUCAGCUGCUGCCAAUCCUGAAGUACAGCAACGUGUACAUGACGCAGAACCUAAAGCAUCUCAUCCAGAGCGCAUCACUGAGCGGCGCAUGCCGGAAAUACGUGGCCUUGCGUCCGGACAAGACGCUGCCCAGUGUUCAGCGCAUCUUUCAGUUCUACGCCUCGAUGACUCACGGCGUUACUCUGCGAGCGAUCUGCCAGAGAUUGUGCCCCCAGCACCACAACAUCGAUGAGCGUCGCAUGGUGAUCUUCGGGCUGCAGCACCGAUUCAUUCGCUGCAUCCACAAGUACCCGGUGUUUACGGGCUCAGUGCCUUCCGGGCGGCAGAAGAUGUACACCGGGCUGAUCAGCUUUGACGAGAUCUGCUGCAAGACGGGCCUCUCGCCCUGCACCAUCGAGCGGGAUAUCGAGAAGGACACGAAUGUGACUGUGAUCUGGAAGUGACGACCGGAAGGACUUCUCCGGCCAGUUGGGUUUGUUGUAGUUUGUAAGCGAACCGAUUGUUAUGUUUCCAAAUGCUUUUUUAUAUACGCGCAUAUACACAUUAAAGUUUAAGAAUUCACUGGUUUGGCUUGGGCUGGUUCCGGAAUCGCUUUGCCAGCUGGACAGCAAUCAGGAAUCCUUUGCGCUAGAGAUAAUGCAAUCCUGAACCGCCUGGGCCACACAGGCGUCCUCCGAGGCCAUGCCUUAAAUAGGAAAUGUAUGAAAUUUUUAAUGAUACAACUUUGAAACAGACAGAGAUAGUCAUAUAGUUACACAAACUUAAUAAAAACGCACCCAUGGAUUG